CCCCCGCACCGCCCGGCUGGAAGCAAAGGGCUCAGCCCCUCCCCACCGCCCCGGCACCGCGGGACGCCGGUCGGUCGGUCGGUCGGUCGGUCGGUGUGCCGAGGCUCGGUGCCCGCCUCGGGGCGGUGCCGCAGCCCGCGGAGCCCGAUGGCGGCGCGGGGGUGGCGGCCGGUGGCGGCGAUCGCUGCGGCGCGGCCCGGCGGGGGCGGCCCGGGACGGGGUUCGGGAUCGGGUCCUGCCUCGGAACCGGCCCCGGGGCUGGUCCCGGAACCGGCCGCCCCCGCCACAGCCGCGCUCUACGUGCACUGGCCCUACUGCCGCAAGCGCUGCUCCUACUGCAACUUCAACAAGUACGUGGUGCCGGCGGUGGACGAGGCGGCCGUGCGCGCCUGCCUGGUGCGGGAGACACGCACCCUGCUCCGCCUCAGCCAGGUGCAGAGCAUCACCUCCGUCUUCUUCGGCGGGGGCACCCCCAGCCUGGCCAGCCCCCGCACCAUCGCCGCCGUGCUGGAGGCUGUCGCGGGGGCUGUCCAUCUCCCCAAUGGUGCCGAGGUCACGCUGGAGGCCAACCCCAGCUCUGCUGGCAUACCGCGUCUCGCCGGCUUCAGGGCCGCUGGCGUGAACCGCCUCUCCAUCGGUGUCCAGUCACUGGACGACGCUGAGCUGCGGCUGCUUGGCCGGGAGCACACGGCAGCAGAGGCGCGAGGGGCCGUGGAGGCGGCGCGGGGGCUCUUCCCCGGCCGAACCUCCAUCGACCUCCUCUUCGGGCUGCCGGGGCAGAGCCUGGGCGCCUGGGCCCGGGGGCUGGAGGCGGCACUGGGGCUCUGCGAUGACCACGUCUCCCUGUACCAGCUGACACUGGAGCGGGGCACGGUGCUGGCAGCACAGGUCUGGGGGGGGGCCCUGCCCACGCCCCCCCAGGACCUCCUGGCCGACAUGUACCAGGCUGCCCGUGCCACGCUGGUGGCCGCUGGCUUCCGGCACUAUGAGGUCUCCAAUUUUGCAAGGAAGGGCGCCCUCAGCACCCACAACCUCUCAUACUGGCGGGCUGAGCAGUACAUUGGCGUGGGGCCGGUUCCCCCCGCCGUUGCAGGGGCACACGGGCGGUUUGUGCCGUGGGGUGAGGGCGGCCGCAGCCGAGAAGCCCGUGUCCAGACGCUGGAGCCUGAUGCCUGGAUGCGGGAGGUGCAGAGCCGGGGGCACGGCACCAGGAGACGGACGGUGCUGAACCCGCUGGAGCAGCUGGAGGAGGUCCUCGCCCUGGGACUGCGCACGGACGAGGGGGUCACCCAGGAGCGCUGGGGGCACUUCUCCCCUCACCUCAGCCUGGAGGCCGUGUUCGGGGCACCGGGGGAGGCGAAGGAUCUACAGCAGCAGGGCUGGCUGGUCCUGGACGGCAGCGGCCUGCGGUGCACGGGGGAGGGCCUGGCCCUGCUGGACUCCCUGCUGCCUGACCUGCUCUGCCAGCUGCAGCACCGCUGGGCCCUGCCAGCCGUCCCGGCGCACUCUGCCCAGGGACCUGCGCCCGGCUGCGGCAGCGGGGCCCCGAGAAGGAGCCCGAUGGAGGACAGGGCCGGUGGCGAGGCUGCGGGGCUCACGGGGGUUGUGAGUGGUGGCAGUGGGGAAUAAAAACCAAAAACCGUGCACUGGCUGAGGGGCUGACU